GCGCACGAGGAGACUAAGGGGGCGCACGAGGAGGAGUUUGAGGAGGAGCAGUACGUGGACGUGAGGUCGCUGCCGCUGCGGCCGCCGGUGGCCGCCGCGCCGCCGCCGCGGCCCGUGCGCCGCCCGUGGCACCCCGUCAUGUGGGACAGCUCCAUCAUCGGUAUCCCGCCACCGGACUACUCACCGAACGCUGAUGGUGAUGAGGGCACAAAACCAGGCGGCGAGUACCCGCACAAGCAGCGCCUGCGCAACCUGAAGCGGCUCGUGGCGGAGGGCAAGGUCAAACCGACCAAGGAGAACCUCAUCUUCUUCCUCUGCAACAAGUUCGCCAUCUCCGAGGAGAGGGCCAACAAGGUUUCCUGCUAGGAGUCCCCUUCCAUGUCUAUGUGUCGUUCGUGAAAUUUAUAUACGAUAUUUACUAUAUUUUACAUUUAUUUACUCUCAAGUGUGAUAUUUGUAAGCGUUUCGCUAUAAAAUCUUUGAAUAAUAAACAGGGUUGUAAAUAUAAAACAUAAUAUUUGUAAAAA